AUGAUGAGAUCAACUUUAUCACUUCUACAAAAGUGUAGAUUACCAAAUAACAAUGGAUCAUUGUUAUCAUUCAAGAAUAAUCAAGUUGUAAAUCAAACAGCUUUGUUUUCGAUGAAAUCAAAUCAACAAUAUAGAUUCUACUCAACAGAUGUUAAGGAUUUGGCACCGUUGAUCAAAGAGUUGAGAAACAGAACAUCGGCACCUCUCAAAGAUUGCAAGGAAGCACUCAUCCAGAAUAAGAAUGAUAUUGAAAAAGCUACAAGCUGGUUACACGAGAAGGGUAAGUCAACUGCCAACAAAUUCGCUGAUCGUGCGGUCGUCGAGGGAACCAUCUCGAUCGUCGUCAACAACGGCAAAGCCGUCAUUCUCGAGAUGAACAGUGAGACCGAUUUUGUAUCGCGUGGUGAGACUUUCCGUGCUUUGGCCGAUCAAAUCUCACGUGCCACUCUCGAAUCAAACCUGCUCGCCCAGAGUCUAGCGGAGAUCAAGCCAGACACAAUCGCACCACAGCCAGCAUCGGGAUCGACUGUCGCCGACCUCAUUGUCGGUACCGUCGCCAAGUUGCGUGAGAACAUCCGUCUGCGUCGUGUACACGCAAUCGAUGCCUCCAACCAACCAAAUACCAUAGUCGCCGGUUAUGCACACGAUCCAAGUGGAACCAAUCAAUUUGGACGUCUGGGAUCGUUGGUUCAACUCCAGUAUGAAGGUGGUCAGCCCGAUAUCGCAGCACUCAACCAACUCGCCAGAAACAUUGCAGUGCACAUCGUCGGUGUCGGACCAAGCUACGUAUCGAUCGAGAGCGUUCCAAAGGUACUGCUCGACGAGGCCAUCGCCAACAAGCGUCAUCCAAACUCACUCUACGACGAAGUAGUACUUUUGGAACAGAAAUACAUCAGCGGUGAGGACAACGAGACUGUCAAAGCAGCCGUUCAACGUAUCUCCAAGCAACUCAAAACCAACAUCACCAUUAAAUCAUUUGUACGUUAUUCAGUAGGUGAAGGAAUGGAAAAGAAAGUUGAAAACUACGGUGCUGAAGUUAUGGAGAAAAUCAACAAAGCAAAGUAA